AACGUCAGACGAUGUCGAUGUCGGAGUUUGUGUAACAAAAAUAAUUAAUAUCUCUGAGUUUUGUGAUAAUAUUAUGUGAAUUAUGAGAUGAAAGUGUGAAUAAAUGUUAGAAUAGUGUCUGUUAGUGAUUAUGGCGCAUAGUGGUGGUGUGUUGAGCUCGGAUAUAUCGCGACGGAACCCGCAGGAUGAGUACGAGCUCAUUCAAAGGAUUGGUUCGGGCACCUACGGGGACGUUUACAAGGCGAAACGUCUCAACGGGAACGGGGAGCUUGCCGCCAUCAAGGUGAUCAAGCUCGAGCCGGGCGAUGACUUCGCCAUCAUCCAGCAGGAGAUCCUGAUGAUGAAGGACUGCAGGCAUCCCAACAUAGUGGCCUACUACGGCUCGUACCUCAGGAGGGACAAGCUGUGGAUCUCUAUGGAGUACUGUGGAGGGGGGAGCUUGCAGGACAUCUACCACGUAACGGGCCCGCUGACCGAGCUGCAGAUAGCCUACAUGUGUCGAGAGACAUUAAUGGGGCUCUCCUAUCUGCAUAGCAUGGGCAAGAUGCAUCGGGAUAUAAAAGGCGCAAACAUCUUACUGACGGAGUGCGGGGAUGUCAAGCUGGCGGAUUUCGGGGUUUCAGCUCAAAUUACAGCCACAAUCAACAAGCGCAAGUCCUUCAUCGGGACGCCAUAUUGGAUGGCGCCGGAGGUGGCAGCAGUAGAAAGAAAAGGCGGCUACAAUCAGCUUUGUGAUAUCUGGGCCUGCGGUAUCACCGCCAUAGAACUCGCAGAACUCCAGCCUCCCAUGUUUGAGCUGCACCCCAUGAGGGUCCUCUUCUUGAUGUCUAAGUCUGGCUUCAAGCCACCGCAGCUGAAGGAACGGGAGCGGUGGUCGCAACUGUUCCACGCUUUCCUUAAGUUGGCGCUUACUAAAAAUCCGAAGAAAAGGCCGACAGCUGAGAAAUUACUUCAACACGCGUUCUUCCAGCAAGACAUGAACAAGCGGCUCGCUAUAGAGUUGUUACAGAAGUACUCCAACCCGCCCAGCGUGUGUAACUCGGAAAUGGAUGAUGAUGGGGGUGUAUCGAACGUGCCGCAGCGUAUCGCCUCAAAACACACCGGGCGCGGGGCGGGGGUGGGUGCGGGGGCGGGGGUGGGUGUGGGGCGGCGCGUGCUCGAGCAGUCCCCCGGCGCCGCGCGGGCACGGCCCCGGUCUCUACUGACAGACCACCGGGCGGCCCGUCGAGCGGGUUACGAUGACUCUCCCAUCAUAGAUCUAGACGCUGAUGAAGACCUAGGUCACGGGGCGGCUAGGGCCCGCCUGCACAACUUUACUGACGAGCCGGAACGAGCGGAUACCGUCAAACGAGUUUCAGUGCACCACAGACAGCCGAGCGAGGAUUGGAGCGUGAAAUCUCUCAUGACCUGCCCGAAACACAACCCCCUAACUUCAGAAAUGGCCAACGACACCAUGCCCAACAGCGAAAAGAGCCUCUUGCAAUAUAUAGACGAAGAAUUAAUGCUCAGGGCAACACUACCGAUGACAGCGGACACCGCAGCCAUGUCGCAAGCGGCCGGCCUGUCAGUACACGAUCAACAUCUCUCUCAAUGUAUCCAGCUAAAACAAAACUUCUUAAACAAUUCUACUACAAACAUAUACCAGAAUCUAGCUUCCAACUACCAAACUCCUAUAAACGCUUCUAGAGUAUCUAUAGACGAUCCAUUAUGUAGACGAAUGGGAGAAACUGAUAUAAUGUUCGCAGAUCAACCCGGCAGCGAAUCCAUAGUAGAAUCACCACAAAUUAGAAACUCUAACUGCGAAUGUGGUCUAUGCCCUAAACCGGAACCUAGAGACAAUAACACUUUGAGCGAUUUACAGAGAUCCGUCGCUUCUAAAUGCUCUUGCGACGCCUGUAACUCCAACGCCGACAUAUUAAGCUAUUACAGAAAUUGCUCGAAUCAGAAUUCUGACUCUGGUAUAGUUUACUGUGAUACUUGUAAGAAGCAGAAGAUAUCAAUAUCUAACUUUAAAGCGCUACAGAUAGCUAAUAGACUCCAAAUAGCGGAUAAAGUCGAAAACGGGUCAACUUCAGACGACGAUUUAUGUCGAAAAAUCGAUAUAAGUAUGACGAAUGACACGCAUGAACAUAGAAAGAGACAUAACAGGCAUAAUUCGGAAUCUACAGUCGGUAUAGAUCUAAGUCAGUUUUGUCAGUGUGAGUUGGAAAACACUAAGAGGAAGACGUCAUCUGUAGACGAGAUAUUCAAGAUGGCGGAGGGGGAUGUGAAACAGGAAGCGCCGGAAGAGGAUAAAUAUAGCCAGAGGCAGAGGAGUUUGUCCGACAGCCAGAGGGAUAAAGCCAAAGUGGAGACGAAAGCGCUGGACACCCCGCCGGUGCCGCCGCGGCGCGCGCGCCCCCGCCGCGCGCACACCCCGCCCCGCCCCCGCCCCGCGCCCAACGGCCUCCCGCCCACGCCCAAGGUGCACAUGGGCGCCUGCUUCUCCAAGGUGUUCAACGGGUGUCCGCUGAGGAUAAACUGUACUGCGUCGUGGAUCAACCCGGACACCAGAGACCAGCAUAUACUCAUUGGUGCGGAGGAGGGCAUAUACACACUCAACCUGAACGAACUUCACGAAACCGCCAUGGACCAGCUGUGUCCGCGGCGAACGAUAUGGUUACACGUCAUACAGGAUGUGCUCAUGUCACUGUCAGGCAAAACGCCAUCUUUGUACCGGCACGAGCUAUUAGCUUUGAUAGGUGCGCGCGGGAACAAGUCGCUGCGAGUAUUACCGCCACGUCUCCUUCCACGACGAUUCUCGCUCACCACUAGAGUCCCAGACACUAGAGGUUGCAUCCGUUGCGCGGUGGCCCGGAACCCGUACAACGGCUACAAGUACCUGUGCGGCGCCACGCCCCAUGGCCUCUUCUUGAUGCAGUGGUACGACCCACUGCACAAGUUCAUGCUCCUCAAGAACAUAGAGUGCGUGCUUCCGACCCCUCUGCUGGUGUUCGAGCUGAUCAUCGCGCCCGAGCUGGAGUACCCGCUGGUGUGCGUGGGCGCCGUGCGUCGCCCGCUGCGGCUGUGCUUGCUCAACAUUAACUCAGGUGCAACCUGGUUCCACUCGGACGAGCUGAACAUAUGCGGCGGCAGCAACACGGUGGUGCCGCGCGGGGAGCGCUUGCACACUCUGCGGGCCGUACACCAGAUUGACAAGGACACGGUGUUGGUGUGUCACGAGAACGUGGUUGACAUAAUUCCCGUGUUGCCGCCCGCGUUGGACACGCGACGGGAGGACGAGAAACGCAAAAAUAAACUGCUGCCGAGGAUAGAGUUCGACUUCAAUAUUGAUAGCAUAUUGUGCCUGGCCGACUCGGUGCUGGCGUUCCACCGGCACGGCGUGCAGGGCCGCUCGCUGCGGCACGCCGACGUCACGCAGGAGAUCACCGACGAGAGCCGCGCCUACCGGCUGAGGGGGAGCGACAAGGUUGUGGUGCUGGAAUCGCACUUGCUCCAAAGUAACACGCUGUCCGGCGACGACGGGAACGAUCUCUACAUACUGGCGGGCCAUGAGGCGUCUUACUAACCAGACAUAUUAUAAUAUUGAUAUAGGUAACUAACACACAUGGUAGAGACAGACAUACACACAUGGACUGUAGUCAGCCAGGCAGGGCUCGGAACCGGUAUUGUAAUACCUGUUAAUAUCGUUUCUAAAACCGUUAUCGAAUUUAAACUGUUGUGAGACAUACUUUAACAUGUCGUGCGAGUGACUAAAACAAGUGAGUAAGCCGUGAAAUUAUUUAAAACCGUUAUAUUAUUUCUUUCAUUAACCUUUUGGACGCCAAUGACGGAUAUAUCGGCACCGCAGGUCCAACGCCAAAGACGGAUUAAUCGGUCAAAGAUCACAGAGUAACAUAGACCUAAGUGCUUGUGCAUAAAGUUCAAUUUCAGUUUUGACCCUUCGGUGACGUGGCGUCCGAGUGACAGCUUUUGUGUUUGACACGGCGUCGAAAAGGUUAAAAACCGGUUAAUAAAUGGAACGCGAACUAAUCAAUCACGUUAUCUCUUCUAACCGGUAAGAAGACGGAACGGAAUUUUAUGCGGGUUAUGCCAAGUGUGACAGUACGUAUUAACGACCUAUCUUUUUCCUAUGAAAAAAUCUUACAAGGGGGUGGGGGGUCUAAAAAAUCUAAAUUUUGUGUGAUGUAAUUAAUGGACGAACUCCAUACAUACAUUCAAAUAUAAAUAUAACAUUAAAACAAAGAGGAUAUAUUAGGAUAGAGGGGUACUGUCAUAGUAAAUUUUGUAGCCACAGUAAAUUCACUGCCAUCUAUCGACACACGAUUAAAACUAAAAAUGAAGAUGUAUAAAAAUACUAUAAAAUGUAUUUAUAUAUGGAUAACCAAUUUCCCAGCAGGAAAAGACGCAUAAUUUUCCAAAUUUGCGGCCUUUUUCUACUUAUAAAAAUGGCUUUUUAGAGUAUGUCGUCUCUGGAUUAGUGAACUGAAUGGAGAAGACCUAGAACAAUUAAGCAAUCUAGACCUUAUUUGUGGUAUUUUCAAUAAAAAGGGACCUUAUUGUCGAUGGCGCUCACGCCAUUAUUAACGAUGCUCCGAUAUAAUAUAAUGCCGCGUGACGCUGUGUGGCGUAAGCGCCAUCGACAAUAAGGUCCCUUUUCAUAGAAAAUGCCCCAUUUGAUGCAAUAAGCAUUACAUAGUGAAAAUAUUUAUUUAUUAAUAGUACCUCGUAAAGCGUGUAACAACCAAAUAAUUGUGAUUAUUAUUAAUCUCUAAUAAUAUCGGUCUGUAAGGGGUAGUAACAUCUAAUAAAAGACAUUACUUAUAUAGUACAUGAAUAAAACAGUAUGAAGAACAAAU